CGAAUGGCAGAUAACUCGGGGAGAAUGCUGCGUUUAGCAUUUGCGGGCGUGGGCAGCGUGCGAAUUGCUGUUCUGCAGAAUCACGGAGAUGUCUGCUCUGCCUAUAGCCACAUCCACAGCAUCGGCAUUCCAUUCUCUCUCCUACUUCUACAACCAAUUCCAUCUCUAUAGUCGUCCCAUUUCCUUCUAUUCCGCUUUCCCAACCACCCAACUCGCCUACUAUCCAAUUUUCAGGUCGCAUUGCCGUCAUAAUGGUAUAAGGCUUCUGGGUUCUCCUCCUCAUGCCUCAAUUUCAAGUCAAAGUCGAGGUGCUACAUUUGAUCCCGAGCUACGGUCAGUGCUUGAACUAGCCACAGACUCCGAGUUGUAUGAGCUAGAAAGUAUUCUUUUUGGCCCAAGUUACUUCAGUCCUUUGUUGAAGUCAAUAACCAAACGGGCGGAAGUUGACUAUGUGAUGAUUGAAGAGGACCCGGAAGAGAGGGACGAAUUUAUAUCGACUCUUGAAUCUAGAUUCUUAUACCUUGCAGCAGAUGCCCGUUCCACAUUGAGGGGUUGGAGGCCAUCAUAUAGAGAAGUCUUGCUUGGUGUAAGAAAAAAAUUAAAAAUACCUUGUUCAACAAAACUGUCAAGCGAAGAUCUAGAAGUAGAGAUUUUCCUUCAUCUGUUACAGGACCUCUCAAGUGGAGAGUCAGGAGUUUUUCCUAGCUCAUGGGAAAGCUCUAAGACUUCUAGUAGGCAUGGCAGACUAGAACUUGGACUCGAUAACCGGAGCUUACAGGCUUCCACUGCUUUAAGGAUUGGGACAACAGAGCUCCGUUCAAUGAUUUUGAAGGGUGGUGGGAUACUUACACUGGGAAAAAUAUAUGAGUUGUUAGCAAAGAGAUUAUCUGGGAAGAUGUUCUUGGAAACUGCCAAAUACCAGAUAAAGAAGGAAAUUAUCAAAGAGGGUGGACGUGUAGCAGCUAUUAACCUGGAGUCCAGAGCAGCCCUGCUCACGGCAAAGCAGGGGUUAGCCGGCGCUGCAUCCCGAUAUUUGGGGCUUAGGAGCAUGGUGACAUUACUUGGUCCAAUGCUGUGGGGGACAUUACUGGCAGAUAUUGUCAUUCAAAUGCUUGGCACUGAUUAUGCAAGGAUACUGCGAUCCAUUUACACAUUAGCACAGAUACGGCUCAAUCGCGCCUACAAAGUUCCACCUGAUAUUAACCGAGGAGAUGCUUUUUAAAUGAUGUACAAUUAAACUUUUUGCAAGGGUGAGUUGAUAGUCUUUAUUUGGUUCUUGAACAUCAAUGAUACAUAUUAAAAAUAGGUCCAUGGUAAUUGUCCAUAAUCCCUUUUCACUGCUGUAAAUAUUGUUCGAGACUGAGUCAUCAAUGUCUGUAGACAAUCACUCUGAAUGUAAUGGUAUUUGUGGUCAUGCUUCGAGGUUCCACCUUUAGUUACUGAUUAUGUGCUGCAAUUGACAUG